UCCAUGGAUCGGUUCAUUCUCUGACAAGACAGAAGGAAUAACAUAACAUUUAGCUUGGAUUUAGCUGGUCUUUACCACUAAUUAUUGGAUUUGGAAAUUAACAAAGUAAUGGAUCUACUGAAAUGAAUGGAACUUUGGAUCAAUCCAAACAUGGCAGCUGUGAAUGCAUUCCUUUUGUUGUACGUUAUACUCAGUUUUUUACACCAGGCUUUGGGAUUAAUGUCAGACUACAAAGUAUGUGGAGACCCUGAAUGUGCAAGUAUGAUGAGUCGUGUAGAGGCACAAAGAGACCAUAGUACUCAAGACUGCCUGUUUCUGAACUUCAAAAAAGGGGAUAUGAUAACUGUUUACUACAAACUCACAGGAAAAAGAAGUGAUCUUUGGGCAGGAAGUAUAAACAAGCUGUUUGGAUUAUUCCCCAAAAAUGCAGUCAAAGUUGAUCAACUUUUUAUUGAUGAGAAAAGGGAAAUCCAGGUACCAUCCCAGGAAUAUGACUUCUUCUGCUUUGACGAAAAUGGUUUAGUGAUUGAGAGUAACACUGAAUUUGAUGAUUCGGCAGAUGAUGAUCUGACUCAAGAAACCCAAGAAGCAGAGAUCAGUGCAGCCGAUGAUAAACUUACUGAUACAGGAGACAGUAAUGCAGGCAAGACUUCUGUUGAAGAUGUUUCUGAUCAAAACACCCCAAAGACAACAGGUGGGUCAUCCUGGAUAGGCACUGCUGUAAAUGGAUGGUUUGGCAGAAAUGAAAAAAGUGAAGAUGAUGAACCACAUGAGAAAAGUGACCAAGAAUCCUUCAGAAGCAGAAAAAUAGUAAUGGAUAUUGGGGAGAUACCCACUGAGGAAAAGACGAACUCCGGAACACUUGGUUGGAUCAGGGGUGAACUGACCAAUGCUUUUGGAAUUGGAAACAAGGAUUCAAAGGCUGGUACUCAGGAUAGCAUUGAGAAACCAUCCAAAGAUUCUCAGCAGUCUAGCUCCUGGCUGAGUUUGGGUAAAGAUGUCUUGGGCUUUGGUAAGGACAAUACUCCAGUUGCAAGUCAAACUGAAGCUGAUAGUGCCGAUGAAGACGAUGAAAUGGAAGACCAGAGCAUUCUUAAACACGAUCAGUCUUUGGAUUUAGUUGAAGAUGUGCAAAAGCAUGAAAACAACCUAGAUCACAGUGUACAAAAUGCAGACCAUACCUUGGAGGACAUACGAUCAGAAGAUGAAAAAAACAAGGAAAGUGGACAGACAGGGAAAAGCCAAGACGAAUUUUCAGCCUCACAAGAUGCUGAAGACAAUCAAAUUACGGACAACAGAUCUAAUAUGAAUUACUUGAACAAUCCCAAAAAUGAGUUGGACUCUGAGGAGAAUGAUCAAUUGGAAAAUACAAUUAAGGUGGAUCAAGAAAUGGAGGAUAUUCAGACUGUUGAUCGUGAAAUAAAAAAGCAUGAGGAUUGGAAAGCUACUUUCCAAAAACAUGUCAUGCUCUCUAGGGAGCAUGUUGAAACUGAAGAUUCACAGAAAGAUGAAGGGCAAUUUUAUCAGCUGGCAGCUAUUGUUGGUGAAGUCACAAUUAAGGAACUUACAUCUAUAAUGGAUAAGGUUGUGUCAUCACUUCCUGAUGACCUCCGGCCUGGCCCAGACUUAUAUGGUCUGCCAUGGGAAGCUGUGGUUAUCACAGUUUUUUUAGGUUUAUUCACUCUGCUUCUAUUCAGCUGCAGGUUCAUUCAGUCUAUCAAAAGCAGAUUAUAUGCAAGUAAAGAAAAGCAAAUGGCACAGAAAGUGGCAGAGCUGCUUGAUGAAAAGUGCAAAGUGCUAGAGACAUUCAGUGAGGUCAAACAGAAGUAUGAUAAACUUGAAUUCACACUGCAGAACAGAGGCAUGUCUGCUCAAGCUGCAGAAAAGGACAGUUUAGAGGUGGCAUCACAAAAACUUGAACAAUCAAAUGCCCAGAUGCAAAAGGAAAUAGAGAGGUUGCAAGAGGAGCUGUCUCAACAAAACGAAGCAAGAAAACAGCAAGAGGAUCAGCUUGCUGAGCUAGAGCAUAUCUUAAGAAAUUUGGAAGAAGAAUCUAAAGAAAGAAAGUCACAAUUAGAACAGGACAACACAACACUGAAGAUCCAUGAGAUCAACACAGAGAGACUGCAGAAGAACAUGCAGGCUGCCAAAGAAGAGCAUGCAAUGCUGCUUGAGAGUAAAGAACAGCUGGUGCAAGAGGUUGAUGGCUGGGGGGAGCGUCUCGGUGAGUUAGAGGAGGAGAUGAAGAUGUUUGAAAGAUCUCAUGCUGGCAUGCUGGAUGACUGUGCUAAUAAAGAUGAACACAUCAAGUCUCUGACAGAGUGCCUUUUGAAGAUGAGAGAUUGGGAUUCUGAGGACGAGAAGAGCAUUGAUAGCAGUAAUAAUAUAGCUGGGCCUGAGAAUGGAGACAGUUCAGAUUUCCAUCAGAAGCAGAAAGUUCAGAAACUUAUUGAAGCAGCCAGGAUGAGUGCAGACUUGAAGUCUAUGGAGGAGGACAAGAACACAGUGUUUGCCAAACUCACUGAUGAAAUAAAAGCCAAAGAAGAACUUCAAGAGAGGAUCAAACAGCUGGAGGAUCAGAAGGAGAUGUUUGAGACAGAGAGUGUCAAAUUCUCCAGUGAAAGCCAGAAAAUCCAGCAGAAACUGCAGAUCAUGACUGAGAUGUACCAGGAGAAUGAACUUAAACUGCACAGAAUGUUGACGGUGGAGGAGAAGGAACGCUUGCAGAAAGAGGAGAAACUCAAUAAGGCAGGAAAGAAGAUUAGUCUCGCUGCUGAGGAGCUCAACACUUACAGACUAAGAGCCAAAGACCUGGAGGAGGAACUGGAGAGGACUUCACAUGCUUACAAGAAUCAGAUUACUUCACAUGAGAAAAAGGCACAUGAUAACUGGUUGGCGGCAAGGGCAGCGGAUCGAGAUCUAGCCGAUGUGAAGAGAGAGAACGCUAAUAUCCGUCAGAGGCUGACUGAUGCACAGUUUCGGUUGGAGAUGCUUGAAAAAGAUCCAUAUGCACGAGAGAGCAGGCCUCUCUUUAGAGGUGAGAGGUCUCCAUUUGGGCCAUCUCCUCUGGGCCGACCAUCCUCAGAAACACGGGCCUUCCUGUCUCCACCAACACUAAUGGACGGCCCCCCACGAAUUUCACCACAGUUCAUGGGCCCUGGUGGCAGAGCAUCCCGAGGCAUGGUAGAACCCCCUAGUGGUGGGCCAGACUUUGAGCAGAGUGGCCCUCACUCUGAUAGUGGCUCACUGUCUCCCUCCUGGGACAGGGAUCGCAGGGGCCCUCCUGGCCCUCCAGGGCACCCGCUCACAGAUCCAGGUUUGCCAUAUAGGAGGCCCCCUCCAGGGCCAUACCCCAUGGGGCCUUUGCCCCCAAGGCCACCACUUUGUCCUGAGCCAUACUUUGGUGACAAAUCAGAGUCAUCAUUUCUGAGAAACAGCUCAGCUGUCAGUGAAAAUGAUAACAGAGAAGGUCCCCACACUAUGCCUGGUGAUAUGAGAAUGCCCCCUGAUCCAGAUGCAAGAAUGGGGCCUCCUCCGGGCCCCCCUCUAAGGGGAAUGGACCCUAGGGACCCUUAUUUCCCACAUAGGGGACCUUAUGGACCUCCGGAGUUCUUUCCACCCCGUGGGCCUGGUGGUCCCGCCAUAGGCAUGCGAGGGCCGCUUCCCCCAGGAAUGUUUCCCAGAGUUCCUCUGCCAUUUCCUCAACAUAUGGGCUAUCUGCCACCAAGACCUCCAUCUGACAGCUUCCCUCCUGUACCGCCUCCCAGACCCUCCCCACCAGGAAGUGAGCAGCCCCCUGACCAGUCGCCCUCCCCACAUGAUGUCAUCUGAUCUUCCUCUCCCUGUUGUUGUGCUCAGGGGGUGUUUCCUUUUCUAUAUACCUGCGGUAGCCAUGUGGUUAUCUCUUAUGUAAUUUUAAGUGCGAAGCAUGGCAAUGGAUACAACACAUGCCACUAGUUAUAUUAUUAAGAUGAAAUUUGUGAAACAGAUCAGUGUAUUUCAGGUAUAGUGUAGAGUGUACAACUACAAUUAGUUAAAUUGUAAAAAGUCAACCGGACUGCCUUUGAACAGGAUUAUAGGUGGUCAUGUUAUGCUUUUAGUUGAAAGUAGUUCAAUGGUCCGCAUAUGUCAAAACUGUACAUAGACAUUGUAACACGUAUAUAAUAAGAAUAGGAAAUUGUUCAAACAGGAGACUUAGAAAAUCAAGUUUCAAGAGGCAUUGGUUGCUAAUAACAUGUAAAAUCCAAACAAAUCAGUCCAGAGAACCGUCCAUGUAGUUUAUGGUAUUUAUAGAUUCCUCACACAACUUAAGCCUUAAGAAUAAGUGGUCUGAUGAAAUAAGUUAUGUACAUUAAAAGAUGUCAUAGUAAAAAAAAUACUGUAUUGGUUUCUUGAAUUUCUUUACACAAAUGAAGCUAAGACUUCAAAGUCAACUUAACUAAUAUGGCAGUUCAUUAAGUUGCUUUAAAUUAGAGUUAGCCAUUGCCAAGAUGCCAAGCCUAAAACCAUGUCUAGAUAGCCAAAUAGCUAUUUAGACAAGUAUUGAUUAAUAUUACAAUAUUUAAAUAAGUACGAUAUAUGCAAGAUCAACAUACAUUUAUAAAAUGGUAUAUAUUAAAAAAAGUUAUUUGGCUUUAAGACAUUAAAGGCAUAAAUUCCAUAAAACUGCUUUCAAACAGUGUUUUGCGAAAGGUGCUAUACACAUGAAAAUGGCUGUUGCUUAACAUUAUCCAAUAGCCCUUGGUGAUCUCAGCCAAAAAGGAAUGUUUUUCCAGAGAUAAAAGCAAGGUAAUACAUUUUGAUAAAAGAUUAUACAGUGGAUAUAAAGUCUACACACCCCUGUUAAAACAGAAGGUUUUUGUGAUGUGAUUUUUUUUUUUUUUUUUAUGCUUUUGUUGAUUUGGAUGUGUGCUUUG